UGUAAUUAACUCUUAUUCAAUAACCACAGAUGGGGUCUCUUCCUUAUGUUGUUGAAGACUGUCAAGGCAUCGUUCAGAUCUUUAGCGACGGUUCUAUUCAUCGUCACCAAAAUAUUGACUUUACUGCUUUCCAAAUCAAAGACGACGGUUCUGUUGUGUGGAGAGACUAUUGUUACGACAAACUCCAUGACCUCCACCUACGCAUCUACAAACCCAAAUCCACCACCACCUCCGUCACCAAACUCCCCGUCAUUUACUACCUCCACGGUGGUGGGUUCUGUGUUGGGUCGUUUGCAUGGCCAAAUAUCCACAACUGCUGCCUCCGCCUCUCCUCCGCACUCCAUGCCAUUGUGGUGGCGCCUGACUACCGUCUUGCACCUGAGCAUAGACUCCCUGCAGCUUUGGAUGACUCUCUUGUUGCUCUGAAGUGGCUCCAAGCGCUGGCGAUAAACCCUAAAGAUGGUCAACAGUCCGCUGAUAUGUGGAUUGGUGAUGCCGUUGAGUCUUUCGACUUUGAUCGUUUUUUCAUAACCGGAGACUCUUCCGGUGGAAACAUAGCACACCACUUGGCCGUGCGGCUGGGACCCGGCUCGCCGGAGCUUACGCCUGUCAAGAUACGAGGUUAUGUGAUGUUGGGGCCAUUCUUUGGUGGGAAGGAGAGGACGCUUUCGGAGGCGAAAGGUUUGCCGGAAAAGUGGUUAAACGUGGAUAUUCUUGACACGUUUUGGAGAAUGGCAUUACCGAUGGGAACAACAGCCGAUCAUCCAUUUGCAAACCCGUUUGGACCUAAAAGCCCAAGCCUUGAAUCCAUUAAUCUUGACCCAAUACUCUUAAUCGUCGGGGGAGAUGAGAUUAUGAAGGAUAGAGUGAAAUUAUAUGCGAAUGGAUUAAAGGAGCUUGGAAAAACCGCAUGCUACAUUGAAUUCGAAGGCAAACAACAUGGGUUUUUUACUAAUGAUCCUUAUUCGGAUGUUUCAGAUUCAGUUUUUAAACUAAUUAAAGAUUUCAUAGUUGAACAUUCUAGUUAACCUAGUUGGGUAGGGUAAGUUUCCAUGCAGUGAGCUGGACGUUCGGUUUAUGUACCAAAAAUCUUUGUUUCAUGUGAGAAUGGUCAUUUCGUAUAAGUGAAUAUGUUAUAUAAUGCUUUCA